AAAAAGACCGAGUUCGCCUCGUCUCGUUCUCUCCCCAUCACUUGCUUCCCUCCUUCAAAGGGUUCCAGAAAACUUAUACCACACACCAACUGCUUGAUACCAUAGUGAUGAACGAGCCACCGGGCACCGUCACCAUUGAAGAUGUCGGACCAAGCCAGUCUGCUACCGUCGUCGUUCUGGAGCCUACCCCAACAGACGACCCUAAUGAUCCCCUGAAUUGGCCCAAGUCCCGUAAAACAGUCAACUUUGUGAUCGCCAGCUUCUAUACCCUAGCGUCGUUCGUGCUCCUUGACAUCGGAACCGUCAUCUGGGUCGACCAGAACGCCGAACUCGGUAUCUCCUGGGCGAACCUCAACAACUCCUUCGCUGCGAACCUGGCCGGUCUGGCGGUCGGGUGUAUCCUCUUGGUUCCGUUCGCAAUCAAGUAUGGCCGUCGCUCCGUUUACAUUCUCAGCACGGCCGUGCAAUUUGCUACAGCCAUCUGGAACGCCAGCCUCAACUCCACCGGGGAAUUGCUCGCGGUCAACGUUCUGAGUGGGCUUGCUGGCGCCGUCAGCGAAGCCCUCGUGCAGAUGACCAUUGUGGACAUUUUCUUUGUUCACCAGCGUGCCUCUGCCAACGGAAUGUACAACCUCAUGGUCAACACGGGCGCAUAUCUUGCCCCCGUGGCUGCCGGAUACUGUGCCACUGCGCAAGGGUGGCGUUGGAUCUGGUGGUGGACCGCCAUCAUGCUGGGACUCAACCUCAUCCUCUUCAUUUUUUUCUUCGAAGAAAGCAAGUACAUUCCCGUCUUGCUUUCUCGACCCGACGAAGACGUUCAGACCAGAACAGCGGCAGCGGCAGCGGCAAUGGAGACGACCAAGUUCCCGAAACAAACGAGCAUUGAAGAAGGAUCCUUGCCCACAAGCGUAGCACCCAGCGCAAGCUACACCACAAAAUCCUACCGGGAGCGAAUGGCAUUCAUCACGAAGACAGACAACUCCCUCCUUGAGCAUAUCAAGCGACCCUUGGUGGUCCUGAUCGGCUUCCCCGCCGUCACCUUCACAGCUCUCGUCUGGGGCUGCUUUCUGUCGUGGUUCUCCAUCCUCGCCACGACCCAAUCGACAUACCUCGCUUACCCACCCUACGCGUACAACGCCUCCCAGAUCGGCCUGUUCAGUCUUCCACCGUUUAUCGGGGGGGUGUUCGGCGCGGCUCUCGGCGGGCCCGUCAAUGACUGGUACAUCCUGUGGCGAGCGAAGCGAAACAACGGGAUCUUCGAGCCCGAGACACGCUUGCAUCUGGGAAUCCCCGCUAUCCUGGCCACGCCGCUGGGUAUACUUCUUUUCGGCCUUGGACUAGCAUGGGGCUGGCCCUGGUGGUCCCUCGCCCUGGGCAGUGGGAUUUUCGGUUGCGCCUUCACCUCUAUCGGCGCAUGCUCCCUGGCGUAUCUUUCGGAUUGCUAUCAGGAUAUCGUCGGCGACGCCCUCGUCGGCGUUGCAUUCGUGCGUAACGGGCUCUCCACUGUCUUUGUCUUUGCGCUUACGCCCUGGAUCGAAGCUACUGGGUUGGUCAACAUGUUUAUCGCUGUGGCUUGUAUCGCGACGGGUACGCUUCUAAGUCUGAUUCCCAUGAUUAUGUACGGGAAGAGGAUGCGGGUGUGGACGGCGACGCGGUAUAGGGCGAUGGCGCAAUUGCAGCCGGGCGCUAGGCGUAUAUGA